AUGGCCACUGUAGAAGAAGCAUUGAGGGUCCUCUACCCCAUCUGUAUGGAAAAAGGACUUGACCUUGAUGUGAAAUCAAAAUAUGGGAAAACACAGAAACUUCACUUGCAUCUAUUGACCAGAGACGUAAUGUUUUGAAUUGGCUGAUUUUUGCCUCACAAGUGUGUGGAAAUUGGAAGCAGAUUGUGUGUGAGGUUCUCGAGCAUAAUUUUGAUCUGGAUUUACAAAGUGGGAAAACUGAGCUGGCUGAAGAUAUUAUGGGACGGUUAAGAGCAGUUUUGCAGCGCAAGAUGGGUAAAAACGGUCCAUGGAUAUGUGAACUUGAAAAUGAAGCUUUCUUCUUGAAGAAGUCACGCAAACGAAAUAGUUAUUCAGAGAUGUCCAGUAACCAGAAGGUCACUACAGCAUCACUUGAGCCGAAAUACCAAAUGA